AUGAAUCAGGAUGCAUCAUCAGGAUCCCGCCAAAGCCCCAGUGGUACUAUGCACAGUUCAGACUCGGGUAGCCAGUCCAAGCCCACAUCGAAACGCGCUUCCAGAGCCGGGACGCGUAGUGUCUCUACCCUUUCGGCCGCGCAGCUGGAAAGGAAACGUGCAAAUGACAGGGAAGCACAGAGAGCCAUCCGACAAAGAACAAAGGAUCACAUUGAGAAUCUUGAGCGACGAAUCAGCGAGUUAACUGGCACUCAAGAAGCCAGAGAAAAGCUGUUUCUGGCCACACAGCAACGCAAUCGAGAACUCGAGGAAGAGAACGCCUAUCUUCGAAACAGACUCUCAGGUGAAACAUUCACCAUCAACGUCAACGACAAUGAGGCUAUAGACAAAGCACCACCACAGUUCAGUGUCUCUGCACCUGAGUCUUCGCCUCAAGCUCACCUCAGCGCUGGUGUGAAUAUUCCCAGGCCCUCGUCUUCAGCUACGAGCAGGAGUAUUGCCCAGCCAGCGGAGGCGUGGAGGCCGCAUAACCAGUACAGUCCUGGUAGCGCUCCAGCUUCAACAUCAUUCAUGCCUGAAGGGGCUCAGCACUCUGCUGGUCAGAGCGCUGCGUCCUGGAGAGCCCAGGACGUCCCUUCGGCUCCUUCGUAUGGCUAUCAGGUUCGCCAAAACGACCGACCCACAAACUACCCCUCGCCAGCACAUCAAAUGUCUUACCAGGGUCAUUCGCAAGCUACUCAGUUCCAGCAAGCAAUUCCUGCUCAGGCAUCGGUGCAAUCGGCCGUGGCGCCUGCCUUCCACAGCAGUGGAAUUAGCACUCAUCCUGAUUUUCAAAGCAUGCCUCAAUACGCCUCUUCCUCAACUCCCACCUACCAUGACCAACAAAACCAUGCCGCUUUUGUUCCCAGCGCACCGCCUGUGUCAUCGGCCACCUCUGAUUUCCAUGGUGCACCUCGCAGCUUAGCCCCUCCUGCUUACAACUCAAACGCCGGGUCUGCUCACUUUAUGCCUGGACAACCUACAACUACACAGCCUAUGGGAUACCGUGAAGGCAACUCACAGCAUACGUACGGCUAUGAUGCUUGA